GCGCCUCUGACGGCGUGACGUUACGCAGGAUAUAGUACGUACGACAUUUGCGGCAAGUGGGAGGGAGGAAAAACAGCGCGAAUUCGCGGACCGAGCUCUACAACUGAGAAAUCCCGAGCAUUGCCGCGUAAUCUGUCUCCAUCCUCCGUCUGAUGGCCGACACCAAGGAUAAACCGGAAGAGCCUGAACCCUCUGUAGAGAACCCAGAUGAGGCCAAUCACGAUCCUCAUUUUGAACCUAUUGUUUCAUUGCCUGAGCAGGAAAUUAAAACGCUAGAAGAAGAUGAAGCAGAAGUGUUUAAGAUGAGAGCAAAGCUUUUCAGAUUUGCUUCUGAAAAUGACCCACCUGAGUGGAAAGAACGGGGGACUGGUGAUGUAAAACUUCUCAGACACAAAGAGAAGGGAACUAUCCGUCUUUUGAUGAGAAGAGAUAAGACUUUAAAAAUUUGUGCAAAUCAUUGCAUUACACCUGCAAUGGAGUUAAAGCCCAAUGCUGGAAGUGACAGAGCCUGGGUCUGGAAUACAUAUGCAGAUUAUGCGGAUGAGGCACCGAAGCCUGAGCUGCUUGCUAUUCGCUUUUUAAAUGCAGAAAAUGCCCAGAAGUUCAAGGCAAAGUUUGAUGAAUGCAGAAAUGAAGCAAAGGGCAAAGAAACAAAAGCAGACUCGACCAAAAAUGAUAGUACUGAUAAAGUUGCAGAAAAACUAGAAGAACUUUCGGUAAAAGAAGACAAGGUGAAAGACCAAGAAGAAGAGGCCAAACAAGAAAAAACUGAAGAAGAGAAGCAAUAAGUCCUCUAGAGCCUUGUACUUUUUAUUUUUACAAGGGACUUUGUAACUAAGAAAAAAGAACUGAGUUCAAACAUUCAGGUUGUUUUUUCUAAGCUUUUUGCCCUUCAGAAGUUUUCUUGAGAAACAAAAAUCCAUUCCCCAGUCAUGCAAAUGUACUGUGUUCACUUUCUUUUUCCAUAGUGGAAACACUUAUUUAUAGUCAUCCAAAGUAACAAGCCAGUUUGAAAAAAAUGUAAUAAAGUGUGGACUGGAAUCUAUAAUGGUUACGCAAAAUAAUGCAUCUCGGCCAGGGAAAUGUAUAGGUGUUGCCUUUUAAUGAUGAAAGGUAUAAUAGACUUAAGCAUCACAUUUCAGUUGGCGUGAAUGGGAUAUAUAUAUUUUUUCUUUUGUUGUGACCCAGGUAAGAUUACGCUGUUUAAUCAAAUAAAUUUGAGCUGAGAAUUAACACA